GCUCCUUUCUUUUCUUCUUUACCUUUCCUUUCUUGUACUACUUUCAGCUCCUAUUUUUAUUCCUUCCUGAUCUUAGCCCAAAGCUCUCUCUUUCUCUUUCAGCUAAUUUCUUUUCUAGUAUACCUCUGAUAAUGUUCACUGAAGGGUUAGACGAAUCUGCAAUCAACUGGAUCAACCAGGGAAAAGAAGCAGAUAAGGAACCCAUAAUUAGAUCGCCAUUGGCAGAAAAACUAGCGCUUCAUGACUCAUUCCCCAAAUCCCCUCUUAUUUACAACGCCGCCACUCUUUUAUCUCCGCACGUUUUGCCUUCUCCUCUCAAAUUCCGCUCCGGCUUACUUGGACCCCAUAGUGUUAUAGCUCCUGCUCUCGAUGGCAGGGACUGCGAGGACGAUGAAAGUGUAGGUUCUGUUUCCGAUGAUAUAUCUGGUGGAGAUGCUGGGAAUGUAAACUUUUCUGAUGAAGAUGACAUGUUUGAGAGAACCAAGUGUAGCUCAAAGUUGACUAGAGGGUUUUCUAAGCUGGAUUUGAAGGUUGAAUUGCCUGACAAUAAUAGAAGAUUUACUGAUGGUGAUUCGGGCAUUAGAGAUUUUGCUAAGAAAAAUGUUACUUCCGCUGGCAUUGGAGGGGGUGGUUUUGGACUCAGGGAACGAGUUCAAGUUCAAAAUGCACAUGGAACUGUUCGAGGUCAAGUUAAUAAUACAUUUAAAGAUGUUGAAGAUUUGGGGACACCAAGUGCACCUCCCAUAUUGGAUAUUGAAAGAGAAGGAAGUGACAUGGAGAUGGAGGUUGAAGAAGAAAUUGACCAAAUUCAGGAUAGAACCUACAAGCCAGUACAAGUAGAUUGUUUUGAUGGCAGUGAAAAAGAAUUACCAGAAUGGAAAUCUCAAUCCUUAAAUGGCCCUGAACUUGGUGAAGAAAGAGAAAAUGAGAUCGUGAAUGGAGACAAAGAAGAAAGGAUCCCUUACUGGCAAAGUAGCAUGCCCGAUGACUUGCAUCAUUAUAACACCAGUGGCCAAUAUGCAUGGCAGACUUUAAUUGCUUAUGAUGCAUGCAUCCGCCUGUGCUUAUAUGCAUGGGCUAGAGGCUGCCCUGAGGCACCUGAAUUUCUGCGCGAUGAAUGCCUUCUACUACGGAGUGCGUUUGGGCUACACAAGUUUUUGUUGCAACCACGAGGUGUACAGCCAGUAGAAGUUAGAACUAGUAAGAGUGUAGAACAAGUUUCAUUAAAGGCAAAGAAGGUCGUUGGAAAAAUAAGAGUGGAAGUGAAGAAACUUCGGAUAAUUCCAAGGAGGAAACUUAGGAGUAUGUAUUCACAGCGAAGUACAAUGUACAUGCAAGUGGGAGCGGAGUAUGUGCGACGGGUCUCAUCACUUGUGAAAACUGGCAUGAAUUCUCUUAAAAUAGCCUCUUUUUCAGUGGCAUCUGAAGAGCCACUAUCAUGCUUAUUCCAGCUGAAGAGUGCUACAGAAGAUACCAAAGUUGAACCAAGUUCUUCCAUCUGCUUGCACCCAGGGAGCAGUGAUUAUCAUGUCUUUUUCCCAGAGACUGAAGGUGAUGCUCUUUUGCUGGAAGUCCAAGACAAGAAGAAAUUAGUCCAGGGCCGAGCAACAAUACCAGUUUCAUCUUUAAGUGAUAAUCCUAAUGAGAGAAUCAGAUGGUGGCCCAUAUACCAUGAGGAUGAAGAAUGUGUCGGGAAGAUCCAGCUAUCUAUUGGAAGUACAAUUACUUGCGAUGAGACAAGUCAGAUAAAGAGUGGGCCUGUCGUGGAGACUCUAGCCUACGAUUUACUCCUUGAGGCUUCAAUGCGUGCACAACGUUUUCAUUCCAGAAACUUGAGGUUACAGGGACCAUGGCAGUGGUUAUUGACUGAGUUUGCAGACUACUAUGGAGUUUCUGAUUCAUAUACAAAAUUGAGAUAUCUAUUACAUGUCAUGAAUGUAGCCACACCAACAAAAGACUGCUUAGAGCUUGUAAAUGAGUUGCUUGUACCCGUUUUAAAGGCCAGGAAUGAAAAAAGCUUGACAAGACAGGAGAAAAGCAUACUGCUGGGUUGUGAAACACAAAUUGAGAGCCUUUUGGCAAAUGCUUUUGAAAACUAUAAGUCUUUGGAUGAGAAAUCUCCGACAGGGCUAGCUGAUUUGUUUGGACCAACCCAGGAGACCGCAGCACCAGCUCUAGCUCCUGCUGUUCAAGUAUACGCUCUGCUUCAUGAUAUACUAUCUCCAGAUGCUCAGACUACGUUGAGAAACUAUUUGCAGACUGCAGCCAAAAAAAGGUGUAGGAAACACAUGAUUGAAACCGAUGAGUUUGUUUCAAGCAACUCCGAAGGUUUUCUCUUGGACCCCAUUACCAUUUCAACAGCUUAUCUGAAGAUGAAGAAUCUGUGUAUAAAUAUUAGCAAAGAAAUUCAGGCAGAUAUCAAAAUCCACAAUCAGCACAUACUGCCCAGUUCAAUUGACCUGUCAAACAUCACAGCUGCAGUAUAUAACACUGAGUUGUGUAAGAGGCUUAUUGGUUUCCUUGCUGCAUCGCCUCCAUCUUGUCCUGCACCACAUGUUAAUGAACUUUUGAUUGCAAUUGCGGAUUUCGAGAGGGAUCUUGAGUCAUGGAACAUCAGUCCUGUGCAGGGUGGAGUAGACUCAAGGAGUUUGUUCCAUGAUUACAUAAUGGUGUGGGUAGAGGAUAUGCAGCUUAGGUUACUCGAUCUUUGCAAGGCUGAAAAGGUGCCUUGGUCGGGAGUAACAACAAACCAUUCAACUUCACCUUUUGCUGAAGAAAUGUAUGAGAAGGUAAAAGAUUCCCUUAUUGGAUAUGAAGUAGUUAUCAACCGGUGGCCUCAGUACUCGUUGGUCCUGGAAAAUGCUGUUGCCAAUGUGGAAAGAGCCAUUGUUAAAGCACUGGAGAAACAAUAUAAUGACAUCUUGACUCCUUUGAAAGAUAGUAUUCCAAAAAGGCUUAAUAUGCAUGUCCAGAAGCUGACACGAAGGCAGUCGACAGCUCUAUAUUCAGUUCCCAGCCAAUUAGGAAUAUUCCUCAACACUGUCAAGAGAAUUGUUGAUGUCUUGCAUUGUAGAGUGGAGGAGAUCUUAAAGUCUUGGGCAUCCUGUCUGCCUCUCACCGGAGACAAGAAGUCGCUGUUUGGAGAGCAGAUGAACGGGAUCACUGUCAUGUUGAGAACAAAGUACAAAAAUUACUUGCAGGCAACGGUGGAGAAGCUUGUUAACAAUACGCAAGCUAAUCGAAAUACAAGACUGAAAAGGAUACUUGAGGAAAUAAAGGAAGAAGAUGGAGAGGCUGAGAUCCGUGAGCGAAUGAAGAUGCUAAGUUUGCAACUGAUGGACUCUAUAUCUAACCUACAUGAGGUCUUCACAAGUUGGAUAUUUGUAGCGGCAUGCCGUGGAUUUUGGGAUAGGAUGGGACAGAUUGUACUGAAAUUUCUCGAAGGAAGGAAGGAAAACCGAGUGUGGUAUAAUGGAUCAUACUAUGCUCUUGGGAUACUGGAUGAUACCUUUGCAUCCCAAAUGCAGAGGUUGCAAGGAAACCUGCUCCAAGAAAAAGAUGUUGAGCCGCCUCGUUCGGUAAUUGAAGCUCGGUCUAUCCUCUGCAGAGAACCGGCUAAUGCAACGGAUGCAUCCACCUACUUCUAUGUUUAAUUACAACUCAUACUCCUGCAUCAGCUGCAGUACCAAAGAUUUUGUCAAUAUAUACGUACAGCACAAAGACAAAGACCUGCAAUUGAUAUAUUCUUUUCUGUAUACGUUAUGUAAUACCCAGAUGCUGCUGAAAAACGCUCUCCGUAGUUCUUACCUGUGUUUUUCAUAUUCAAAGCUUCUUGUAUUCUUUCUGAUUGAAAUUACAAUGAAAUAAUAACAAUGCCUCGGCUCAUUUUAUAUCAAAA